GUUGACUUUCCUCAUUGCUUUUUUUCCCCGCCUGCGAUUCAUAACUAUCAUCAUCCCCAUGUUCUUGCUCGCUUUUUAUACGAAAUCCUGAUUCACCAAACCCUUGACCUUUGUUGGUUGCUGGCGCGAUAGCUACAGCUGUCCCUGUACGCCGCGAGGAAGAUGCAGCUCAUUCCGAAGGAGAUCGACAAGCUAGUGAUAUCGCAGCUUGGCUUUCUGGCCCAGCGCCGGCUGGCUCGGGGAGUCCGCUUAAACCAUGCCGAAGCAACGGCUUUGAUAUCUUCCAAUCUCCAAGAACUCAUCCGUGAUGGCAAUCACACUGUCGCCGACCUCAUGUCUAUUGGCAAGACCAUGAUCGGUCGUCGCCAUGUUCUCCCUUCAGUGGUUUCUAGUCUAGUUGAGUUGCAGGUCGAGGGCACAUUUCCCACGGGGACGUAUCUAGUCACCGUCCACCACCCGAUCAGUUCCGAGGAUGGAAACUUGGAACGAGCCCUUUACGGCAGCUUUCUACCGGUUCCUCCAAAAUCGGCAUUUCCUGACCCUGACCCUCAGGCCUAUGAGCCUGGGAGGCAGCCUGGUGCAGUUAUCCCAGUCAAGAAUGCAAGGGUUAUGCUUAAUGAUGGCCGGAAACGCAUUAGACUUAAAGUGAUGAGUAAAGGUGAUCGACCGAUUCAGGUCGGGUCUCACUACCACUUCAUUGAAACAAACCCUCAGCUUUAUUUUGAUCGGGUGAAAGCGUACGGCUAUCGCCUGGACAUAGCUGCCGGUACUUCCGUUCGUUUCGAGCCGGGUGACACCAAGACGGUCACGUUGGUCGAAAUCGGCGGCAAUAAGAUCAUAAAUGGCGGCAACAAUCUUGCGUCUGGAAAGGUUGAUACGAGCCGUGCUGAAGAAAUUGUACUUCGGCUACAGCAAGCCGGUUUUGCACAUGCCCCAGAACCGGUAGGAGAUUUGGGUCUCAUUACCCCCUGUUCAUUAGAACGGGAUGCUUAUGUUCGUCUAUUUGGGCCGACUACUGGCGAUUUGGUCCGGCUAGGAUCUACUGACCUUUGGGUCAAAGUUGAGAAAGAUUUCACGGUAUAUGGUGAUGAGUGUACAUUUGGAGGAGGAAAAGUGUUACGUGAAGGCAUGGGUCAGGCUUCUGCUCGAAGCAGCAGGGACUGUCUUGAUACAGUCAUAACCAACGCGCUUAUUAUUGACUGGAGUGGCAUAUACAAAGCCGAUAUUGGCAUCAAAAACGGCAAGAUUGCCGGUAUCGGGAAAGCCGGCAAUCCUGAUGUUAUGGACGGCGUUCAUCCCGACUUGCUCGUAGGAUCUUCGACUGAUGUCAUUGCUGCGGAGAACAAAAUUGUAACUGCUGGUGGAUUCGAUACGCAUAUUCACUUUAUCUGCCCACAGCAGGUAAAUGAGGCAAUUGCAUCUGGAAUAACUACUAUGCUAGGUGGUGGAACAGGACCAAGCACCGGAAGUAAUGCUACUACAUGCACUCCAGGACCGACCCACAUGCGCCAGAUGAUCCAGGCUUGCGAUGCAUUACCUAUCAAUAUGGGUAUCACAGGCAAAGGUAAUGAUAGCGGCAAAGAAAGCCUCCAGGAGCAAUGUCUUGCUGGUGCAGCCGGACUAAAACUGCACGAAGACUGGGGAAGUACACCGGCUGCUAUUGAUGCCUGCCUUGAAGUGUGCGAUGAGUACGACGUUCAGUGUAUGAUCCACACCGACACACUGAACGAAUCAGGAUUCGUCGAACAGACGAUUCAGUCCUUCAAAAACCGCACUAUCCACACUUACCAUACCGAAGGUGCUGGUGGUGGUCAUGCUCCUGAUAUCAUUUCUGUGGUUGAACACCCCAAUGUGCUCCCUAGUAGCACUAACCCUACGCGUCCAUUUACCUUGAACACGCUCGACGAGCACCUCGACAUGCUGAUGGUCUGCCACCAUCUGUCCAAGGACAUUCCAGAGGACGUUGCUUUUGCCGAAAGCCGUAUUCGUGCAGAGACUAUUGCUGCUGAAGAUGUGCUACACGACCUGGGUGCUAUCAGUAUGAUGUCCUCAGACUCACAGGCAAUGGGUCGCUGCGGUGAGGUGAUCCUGCGAACCUGGAAUACAGCGCACAAGAACAAGCUCCAGCGCGGUGUACUACCAGAGGAUGAAGGCACUGGAGCUGACAAUUUCCGCGUCAAGCGAUAUAUCAGCAAAUAUACCAUUAACCCAGCCAUUGCGCAGGGCAUGUCUCACCUUAUUGGUAGCGUAGAGGCUGGAAAAGUAGCCGAUCUGGUGUUCUGGACACCGGAUAAUUUUGGCACGAAGCCUAAGAUGGUUCUCAAAAGUGGCAUGAUUGCUGUUGCUCAGAUGGGAGACCCCAACGCCUCCAUCCCAACCGUCGAGCCUAUAAUCAUGCGACCCCAAUUCGGAGUCCUUGUUCCGGAUACAUCCAUAAUGUUCGUAUCUCAAGCCUCCAUUUCCCACGGUAUCGUUCAAACCUACAACCUGCGGAAACGCGUCGAACCAGUGAAGAACUGCAGGAACAUUGGGAAACAGGAUAUGAAAUAUAACAACAUAAUGCCGAAAAUGAAGGUUGAUCCUGAAAGAUACACUGUGGAGGCUGAUGGGAAGCUCUGCACUGCUGAGCCGGCGACAAGUCUGCCAUUGACACAACAAUAUUUCGUAUACUAAAUAGAGAAGCAAUUAUUUAAUAUUAUAGCUAACGGAAUAAAUCAAGUUGGUUACUCUUAUA